UAAACAGAGAAGCUCAAUUAAUAGUACAGAUGUCUUACGGUGCAAGCUACGACGAGUAUUCUCGUUUAUUUCUUUCGGGCUCAACUCCAGUUGUUCCAAACUCAUUAAAUGAGUAUCAAACAAUAAUCACUAUUCUUUUGGCAUUGGCUACUUUUGGUUCACUUUCCUUGGGGUUUUUGGUAGAUAACAAAUCUCGUUCCCCAGUCUUACAGUUGCUUUAUAUCUUAAUUGCCUCCUUUUCAAUUGGUUUAGGUUCAAUCUAUGCCUCCAAUUUCUUUGGUCUAUUGGCAUUAUUCCAAGUGGUUGUUCUUGCCACUGCGCGUGCCCAAGGAGACGAGUAUUCCAAGGAUGCCAAUGUUUAUGAGUUAACACCAUCGAAUUUUGAUAAAGUUAUAUUGAAUACCAAUUAUACUUCAAUUGUUAAGUUUUAUGCUCCAUGGUGUGGUUAUUGUCAAAAAUUGAAACCAGUGUACAAGAAAUUGGGUAAACUCAUUCAUGAAGAUGGUAAGCUUGCCAUAAAUGUUGCUGCUGUCAAUUGUGAUCAAGAAUAUAAUAAGCCAUUGUGUUCCAAGUAUAAAAUUAGUGGAUUCCCAACGUUAACUGUUUUCAGACCACCAAAAUACGAUCCAAAUAGUAAAAGCAAAGUUUAUAAACACGCUACUGAUACUUACAAUGGUGAAAGAAGCUUGAAAUCUAUGUAUUCCCACCUUACGUCUCAUAUUAAGAAUUAUGUUAAAAAAUUUCAAAGUCUUAAAAGUGAUACAACUAAAAACUGGUUUGAUCAAAAUGAAAGUUUGAAUAAAGUUUUAUUGAUUAGUUCCAACUCUCAGAUCAGUCCUUUAUAUAAAUCAUUAGCUAUUGAUUUCAUUGACACCCAUAAAUUUAGCAUGUUAACUCUUAAAAAAAUUGAAGAAGAAAAUCCAAUAAUUACAUUAUCUUCAGGAGAUGAAAUAACUAUUCCUUUAUCAAAACAAGAUGAACUACCAGUUUUACUUAGUUAUGAUGAUGAAAAUAAGGUUUUUAAUAAAUAUGAACCAAAAUUGAAAUCAAAUGAUAAAGUGAAAAUUGGUGAAUGGUUAAUUGAUCAAAAUGGCGUUAAACCUUUAGAAGGUGAAUUAUCAAAGAAAGAAAAGAAAAUGUAUAAAUACAGGACUGGUAAAAAGGCCAAACCGGCCCACGAUGAAUUAUAA